GGCUUGCGGGGCGCGGGGGGGGGGACGCCCGGGCCGGCCCGGGGGGGGGGCGCUGAGCCGACGCCGCUCGCCCGCAGGAGGAGCCGCGGCGAGAGGCCGCUCGCGUGGUGGACUCGGGGGGGGGGCCCUAAGGCCCGCCGCCCCUCGGCGCCCUCGGAGGCAGAGAGCAAAAGAGGGAGAGAAAGAGAGAGAGGAAAAGAGAGAGAGAGGAAAAGAGGCGGAAGAGAGAACCCGCCGGGAGGCGCGGCCGCGCUAUGGACCCCUGACCCCGCGGGGUCAACUCGGACUCUGUAACGUUGUGGACUGACCGCUACUGACUGCACCCCGGCCCUCCCGUGUCCCCGUCCUCCCCGCGCCCUGCCCCCCCCGCGCCCCCCACCACGCCGGCCGCCCCUUAGCAUGAGCGAGGGGGACCCAGCCGGGUGACAUUGUGCCCGUUGGCGGAUCCUCCCCUGCGCCGCCUCCCCCUCCCCCCCUCCCGCGCCCGCCCGCCGCCUCCCCGCGCCCGUCCGCCGCCUCCCCCAUGAAGUAACACAAUUUCUGGAGUUGCGGGGGGGGUUUGGAAAAAAAAAAGUGUGGGGCGUCCCGGAUUUGAUGGUCUUGGAGAGGAAAAAGAUACAAAAAAAAACAAAAACCAACCCGCAGAACUAACGCCCCCCCGGCGCUGUGGCCGCGGGCUGGGUGUCCGGAAACCUGAGGCCUUAGUGUCCUGUGCGUGUCUCCUUGUGUGUACCCAUUCUGCUCUUUUCCGUUGAUAAAUACACAUCUCUUGAGCCGUUGUCCACGUCUCCUCGCUGAAACCGUAGGCGGAUCCCCCCGGCUUUUGUUUUUUUUAUUUUUGAAGGGGGGGGCCACCAUGUCCUGUGUGCAUUACAAAUUCUCUUCCAAACUCAACUAUGACACCGUCACCUUCGACGGGCUCCACAUCUCCCUCUGCGACCUCAAGAAGCAGAUCAUGGGGAGAGAGAAGCUCAAGGCGGCCGACUGCGACCUGCAGAUCACCAACGCGCAGACGAAAGAAGAGUAUACUGAUGAUAAUGCUCUGAUUCCUAAGAAUUCAUCUGUAAUUGUCAGAAGAAUUCCUAUUGGAGGUGUUAAAUCUACAAGCAAGACAUAUGUUAUAAGUCGAACUGAACCAGUGAUGGGAACUUCAAAAGCAAUUGAUGACUCUUCUGCGUCUAUUUCUCUGGCCCAGCUUACUAAGACUGCCAAUCUGGCUGAAGCCAAUGCUUCUGAAGAAGAUAAAAUUAAAGCAAUGAUGUCUCAAUCUGGCCAUGAAUACGACCCUAUCAAUUAUAUGAAGAAGUCUCUCGGUCCCCCACCUCCGUCUUAUACCUGUUUCCGUUGUGGUAAACCUGGCCAUUAUAUUAAGAAUUGCCCAACGAAUGGGGAUAAGAACUUUGAAUCAGGCCCUAGGAUUAAAAAGAGCACUGGAAUACCCAGAAGUUUUAUGAUGGAAGUGAAAGACCCUAACAUGAAAGGUGCAAUGCUUACCAACACUGGAAAAUAUGCAAUACCAACUAUAGAUGCUGGGAGACUCCUCUUUCACAAAUUGGGAACAAUGGGGCAUAAGCAAAUUGAUACUUAUUUCUGGAAUCGUGGUGAUGUCUAUGGAGCAACUGCAACACAAAUAACACACCUAAGAGAAGCAUAUGCAAUAGGGAAGAAAGAAAAGCCACCUUUCUUACCAGAAGAACCUUCUUCUUCUUCUUCUGAAGAUGAUCCUAUCCCAGAUGAAUUACUGUGUCUCAUCUGCAAAGAUAUUAUGACUGAUGCCGUUGUCAUUCCCUGCUGUGGAAACAGUUAUUGUGAUGAAUGUAUAAGAACAGCUCUCCUGGAAUCAGAUGAACAUACAUGUCCAACCUGUCAUCAGAAUGAUGUCUCUCCUGAUGCUUUGAUUGCCAAUAAAUUCUUAAGACAGGCUGUUAAUAACUUCAAAAAUGAAACUGGAUAUACAAAAAGGCUACGAAAACAGUUACCACCACCCCCACCUCCAAUCCCACCUCCAAGACUCAUUCAGCGGAACCUCCAACCUCUGAUGAGGUCUCCAAUAUCAAGACAGCAGGAUCCUCUGAUGAUUCCAGUCACAUCAUCAUCGACUCACCCUGCUGCCUCUAUGUCUUCAUUGACAUCUAAUCAAUCUUCCUUGGCCCCUCCUGUGCCUGGAAAUCCGUCUUCUGCCCCAGCUCCUGUGCCUGAUAUAACUGCAACAGUCUCCAUAUCAGUCCACUCUGAAAAAUCAGAUGGACCUUUCCGGGAUUCUGAUAGUAAAUUACUGCCGGCGGCAGCCCUUGCAUCAGAGCACUCAAAAGGAGCGUCUUCAAUUGCAAUUACUGCUCUCAUGGAAGAGAAGGGUUACCAGGUGCCUGUACUUGGAGCCCCAUCUUUAUUGGGACAGUCAUUACUACAUGGACAGUUGAUCCCCACAACUGGUCCAGUAAGAAUAAAUACUGCUCGUCCGGGUGGUGGCCGGCCAGGCUGGGAACAUUCCAACAAGCUUGGCUAUCUGGUUUCUCCGCCACAGCAAAUCAGAAGAGGAGAGAGGAGCUGCUACAGAAGCAUAAAUCGUGGACGACAUCACAGCGAAAGAUCACAGAGAACUCAAGGUCCAUCACUGCCAGCAACUCCAGUUUUUGUACCUGUCCCACCACCUCCUUUGUAUCCACCUCCUCCCCAUACACUUCCUCUCCCUCCAGGUGUUCCUCCACCACAGUUUUCUCCUCAGUUUCCUCCUGGCCAGCCUCCGCCUGCUGGGUAUAGUGUCCCUCCUCCAGGGUUUCCUCCAGCUCCUGCCAACUUAUCAACACCUUGGGUGUCAUCAGGAGUGCAGACAGCUCAUUCAAACACCAUCCCAACAACACAAGCACCACCGUUGUCCAGGGAAGAGUUCUAUAGAGAGCAACGGAGACUCAAAGAAGAGGAAAAGAAAAAGUCCAAGCUAGAUGAGUUUACAAAUGAUUUUGCUAAGGAAUUGAUGGAAUACAAAAAGAUUCAAAAGGAGCGUAGGCGCUCAUUUUCCAGGUCUAAAAGUCCCUAUAGUGGUUCAUCAUAUUCAAGAAGUUCAUAUACUUACUCAAAAUCAAGAUCUGGCUCAACUCGUUCACGCUCCUAUUCUCGAUCAUUUAGCCGCUCACACUCUCGUUCCUAUUCACGAUCGCCACCAUACCCCAGAAGAGGCCGAGGCAAAAGUCGGAAUUACCGUUCACGCUCUAGAUCUCAUGGAUACCAUCGGUCUAGGUCAAGGUCACCCCCCUAUAGACGAUACCAUUCACGAUCAAGAUCUCCUCAAGCUUUUAGGGCGCAGUCUCCCAGUAAGCGUAAUGUGCCUCAGGGUGAAACAGAACGUGAAUAUUUUAAUAGAUACAGAGAAGUCCCACCACCUUAUGACAUGAAAGCUUAUUAUGGGAGGAGUGUUGACAUGAGAGACCCAUUUGAAAAAGAGCGUUACCGAGAAUGGGAAAGAAAAUACAGAGAAUGGUAUGAAAAAUAUUACAAAGGUUAUGCUGCAGGAGCACAGCCUAGACCAUCCGCAAAUAGAGAGAACUUUUCUCCGGAAAGAUUUUUACCACUAAGUAUAAGGAAUUCUCCCUUUACAAGAGGUCGUCGAGAAGAUUAUUCAGGUGGGCAGAGUCAUAGAAGUCGAAACAUUGGUGGCAGCUACCCAGAAAAACUUUCAGCAAGAGACAGUCAUAAUCAGAAGGAUAAUACAAAGUCAAAAGAGAAGGAAAGUGAAAGCGCUGCGGGAGAUGGUAAAGGAAAUAAACAUAAGAAACACAGAAAAAGAAGAAAGGGUGAAGAAAGUGAAAGCUUUCUAAAUCCAGAGUUACUAGAAACCUCUAGGAAGUCAAGAGAACCUACAAGUGGUGAGGAGAAUAAAACAGACUCACUGUUUGUGCCCCCCAGUAGAGAUGAUGCCACUCCUGUUAGAGAUGAACCAAUGGAUGCAGAGUCUGUCACUUUUAAAUCAGUUUCUGAAAAAGACAAGAGAGAGAAGGAUAGGCCGAAAGCAAAAGGUGACAAGACCAAACGCAAAACAGAUGCAUCUACUGUAUCCAAAAAAGAAAAUGUUGUAAAACCUGCAAAAGGACCUCAAGAAAAACUAGAUGGUGAGCGUGAAAAAUCUCCUCGGUCUGAACCUCCAUUAAAAAAAGCAAAAGAAGAGACUCCAAAGACUGAUAGUACUAAGUCAUCCUCCUCAUCUCAGAAAGAUGAAAAGAUGCUUGGUACCCCCAGAAAAGCUCACUCUAAGUCAACAAAAGAACAUCAAGAGACAAAACCAGUGAAAGAGGAAAAAGUGAAGAAGGACUACUCCAAAGAUGUUAAAUCAGAAAAGUUAACUAGUAGUAAAGAAGAAAAGACCAAGAAGCCCAGUGAGAAAAGUAAAUCACUAGAUAGCAAAGGAGAAAAGAGAAAAAGAAAAACUGAAGAAAAGAGUGUAGAUAAAGAUUUUGAGUCAUCAUCAUCAAUGAAAAUCUCUAAACUUGAAGCAACUGAAAUAGCUAAGCCAUCCCCCAAGCGCAAAAUGGAACCUGAUGUUGAAAAGAUGGAUAGGACUCCUGAAAAAGACAAAAUGUCAUCAUCAACUGCCCCGGCCAAAAAAAUCAAACUUAACAGAGAAACUGGUAAAAAAAUUGGAAGUACUGAAAAUAUACCUAAUACGAAAGAACCCUCUGAAAAAUUGGAAUCAACAUCUAGCAAAGUUAAACAAGAAAAAGUCAAAGGGAAGGUCAGACGAAAAGUAACUGGAAGUGAAGGAUCCAGCUCUACUCUCGUGGAUUAUACCAGUACGAGCUCAACUGGAGGCAGUCCUGUACGGAAGUCUGAAGAAAAAACAGAUACAAAACGAACUGUCAUUAAAACUAUGGAGGAAUAUAAUAAUGACAAUACAGCUCCUGCUGAAGAUGUUAUUAUUAUGAUUCAGGUUCCUCAAUCCAAAUGGGAUAAAGAUGAUUUUGAAUCUGAAGAAGAAGAUGUUAAAUCCACACAGCCUGUCUCAAAUGUAGGGAAGCCCACCAGUGUUAUAAAAAAUGUCAGCACUAAAGCAUCCAAUGUAGUCAAGUAUCCUGAAAAGGAAAGUGAGUCAUUGGAGAAAAUUCAGAAACUCACCAAGGAAACCAGCCAUGAGGUCACACCACAUGAGGUCAAAAGUUCCAAAAGUCUCGCAUCUAGUGAUAAAGGAAAAACCAAAGAUCGAGAUCAUUCAGUGUUGGAAAAGGAAAACCCUGAAAAGAGGAAGAACAGUGCUCAGCCAGAGAAAGAUAAUAAUAUGGACCGUGUGAACGAACAGGGAAAUUUUAAAAACCUGUCUCAAUCAUCCAAAGAGACCAGAACUUCAGAUAAACAUGAAUCCCUUCGAGGGUCCUCAAAUAAAGACUUCACUCCCAGUAGAGACAAAAAACCAGACUAUGACAACAGGGAUUAUUCAAGUAGUUCCAAACGUAGAGAUGAAAGGAAUGAAUUAACCAGAAGAAAAGACUCCCCUUCCCGGAGCAAAGAUUCUUUAUCUGGACAGAAAACUAAGCCGAGGGAGGAGAGAGACUUGCCUAAAAAAGGAACCGGGGAUUCUAAAAAAAGUGCUAGUCCCUCAAAAGACAAAAAACCUCACGAUCACAACAAAGCCACUUACGAUACUAAACACACUAGUGAAGAGACAAAAUCUGUAGACAAAAAUCUGAUGAAGGAUCGGGAGAAACAUGCAUUGGAAGCAAGGAACAAUAAGGAGGCAAGUGGCAAUAAAUUACUUUAUAUACUUAACCCACCAGACCCACAGAUUGAAAAAGCUGAGCAAGUUCCUCCUGUUUCAGCCGACAAGAAUGCCAUCAAGCCUAAACCCCAGUUAAGUCACUCCUCAAGACUUUCCUCAGACUUAACUAGAGAAACUGAUGAGGCUGCCUUUGAACCAGACUAUAACGAAAGUGACAGCGAAAGCAAUGUAUCCAUCAAAGAGGAAGAAACUCCCGGGAAAAAUCCUAAGGAACAGAAAGAGAAAGUGGUGGAGAAAGCAAAAGAGAUUGUCGACCCCGCAGCAGUCAGCCAGACAGGCGUCCCCAGGAGCCAGAGCCAGAGCAGUCCCAGCGUUAGCCCAAGCAGAAGUCACAGCCCUUCAGGAAGCCAGACCCGAAGUCACAGCAGCAGUGCCAGCUCCGCAGAGAGCCAGGACAGCAAGAAGAAGAAGAAAAAGAAGGAGAAGAAAAAGCACAAGAAACAUAAAAAACACAAGAAGCAUAAGAAGCACGCAGGCACCGAAGUCGAAUUGGAAAAAGGCCAAAAACAUAAACACAAGAAGAAGAAGUCAAAGAAAAACAAAGAUAAAGAAAAGGAGAAGGAGAAAGAUGACCAAAAAGUGAAAUCUGUCACUGUGUGAAAGGACAGAUUUUAAAAUCGACUUAAUUACUAAGUCAUCUGUAUUAAAUUUUGUUAUAAUGUAAAGAGAUUUCAAGCUUUGUAAAUAAUGAUAUGAAAGACCCUGUGCUGCACUUAAAAUAUUGCUGCUUGAUUAUUUGAUUUUUACAUCAGAGCUUUAUAACACGGACUUUUGUACAGAAUUGUGAGUUGUGACCAUGUAACAUGAGAGGUUUUGCUAGGGCCUAUUAUUUUUAACCACCAUUAAUUAGUUGGGGUGGAGUUUACUGUACUGUGAAAUUUUCACAUUUGAAUUUUUUUAAUUGCCUGGCAAACGCUGAUAUCAGUUCUAAAAUAUCAGCAGAAUGAUUUGCUGAAUUCAUUACAACCCUGUUAUGUCACUUUUUGAUUAUAAUAAAAGUUUUCAGUAAACUUUUCA